AUGGAAGACGUAUUGUCUCAAGCAUGGGCCCAAGUGAAAUGGGAAGAGGAUGUCGCGAGCCGCGCCAAGGCUCAACAGAAACAAGAUCAGAAAGCAGCCAGGCAAGACCGAAACGAUAGAGACGAGAGGUCCUCCCAGAAACCCACGAAAGACCAAGGAGGCAGGAACCAGGGUACGUACAUGAGCCGUCCACUCGAGAGAGCGGAAGGGAUGUCGGUGUCUACCUGGCCAGAUAUCUCACACUUGUCUGUAUCCCAACCAGAGCUAAUCAACGCCCUAAGGCAGAUGGAUCAACAGGUUAAAUGGCCCCCGAAGAUGAGGGCACCCGAUUCCUUCAGGAACCUCGACCUCUGGUGUGAGUUCCACCGUGACCAUGGUCAUAAGAUGGAGGACUGCAUCGCAUUAAAGAUUGAAGUCAACGAGCUCCUCCAAAAGGGAUAUCUCCGGGAAUUCCUCUCAGAAAAGGCGAAGAACCUCCUAAGCAAGGAGACACCCAGGAAAUAUGCUGAAACCAAGCCCGCGUCACCACCUCGCCAAGACCAUGUAAUCCAUGUCAUAUCCGGAGGUUCAGAGAUAAGCGGCAUAAGCCAUGCAGCUGCAAAGAAGAGCACUCGAAAUGCCAAACUUGGUCUGGAGACGUCUAAAUCAAAACGACUACUUUUGGGAACAGACGAGAUAAGCUUCACGGCAAAGAAGCAAGAGAAGGUUCUGGCUCCCCAUCAUGACGCUCAAGUAGUAUCGCUUACCGUAGCAAACUGCUUGGUAAGGAGGAUCCUUGUAGAUAACGGAAGCUCCAGCAACAUCAUCUUCCAGACCGCCUAUCAGGUCCUGGGGUUGGAUGAAAUUGCCUUAACUAGAAAGACAACCCCGCUUGUGGGAUUCAGCGGAGAGGUGAAGCAAACCGCCGGUGAAGUGGUCCUUCCAGUCUAUGCUGAAGUUGUUAGGGUAUUUUUGUGUAGGCUCUUUGUGAGUACUAUGGAACGAUGGACAAGCUAG